AGAAACUGAUGUAAGCCUUUUUCUUUAGGGUCUUUAAGUGUCAGUGUUGGGCCUUUCUGGUUGUAAUCAAAUUAAAUUUUUAUUAUUACUAUGUUUUUGGUAAUAAUUACGGUGAUAUUAAUUAAUUUUAGUGAAUGAUUUGACUUAAUUAUUUAAAUAUAUUCUUCUCUCUCUUUCUCUUUCUCUAUCUUUCUCUAUCUUUCCUCUCUUUUCUCUAUUUAUUUCUGUCUACUUUUUUCUUCUUGGACCUGUAUUCCUCACCUGUCUAAAAGCUUACCUUUUAAACAUUGUUACUUUGGCAUAGUGACAGUGUUAUUAUUGCCUGAUAUUUGUGUAAAUUUUAAUUACUGUUGGUCAACAUUGUACUCAUCAAGUUAUCUUUCACAUGAUUAAGAACAUGCAUUAUCUCUAGAUAAAGCUAUGAUUUCCAACUAAUCAUAAUAUGAAUUAUCUUGAUUUUUUGUCUCACUGUGUACGACUACAUCAUCAAUGCUAUUGUGCUUCAAGCCCUAAACGGUUCCACUUUUAUUUCAUCAAUUGAUCAACCACUUUUUAUCCCUAUUAUCUGUUUACACAUAUUGAGCCUCUCUGUGUCCCAUCUCCACCGCUGUUACUUCUGUCUCUUUCAACGGUUUAUCUCAAUUUUGGGUUUCACCCUAAUCGACACUGGUUAUAUUUAGUGAAAACAAACUUCGCAUGGCUAGCUCAAGACACCAUCGUCCCGCAACAACACCAUUCUCUUUGCCAAAUGAUGUUAAAUGUGGUCAAAUAUUUUCACUUAAUAUAAGCAGUUAUGAAUUUGAUAGAGGAUGGGAAGGAAUACCCGCUAACUUAAUAAUCAAUUCAAUUAUUUUUGCGUCUAUGAUAUUACUGUUUUCUGCUAUACGUAACAAUGCAUGGAAUCGUAAAUCUAGUCAACUGACAAGAACCCAAAAAGGCUGGAUUCAAUUUAUUUAUGGAGAUAGAGAGAAUCGCCGUGAACCAAAAAGACCAAUAAUAUACACGGACCAUCAUGAUCAUGAGCAUCAAAAGUAUAACCAUCUUCUCUUGCCACCUACAGCAGCCGAUAUGUCAGUACGACAUGAAAUUAAUGUUAACAUAGAGACAAGUGUAGAUAUGCAAUGUGACUUAGAAUUAGAAAAUGAAACUCAUCUGUCAGUUCAAGCUCGCCGUAGCACGCCUGGUUCAUCAAAUUCAAUUAAGAAUGACAGUAGCAAUGGAAGCAAUAGCAAUAGUAGUCGACCAACUAGUGAACAAGUGAACUGCGAUAUUGGAGGAGGAGAUGAUGCUUCUACUGAAAGAAGAUCCAGAUCUUUUUUUGACCGGUCUAUGUCAACAACAGAGAUAGGUUAUUGGUUAUGUGAUAUUUUAUGUAUUAAGGACCGAGAUAUAUUAGCAAAGAAAGGAAGUGAUGCUGUCCAAUACCUUAUCUUUCAACGAUAUAUCAUUUAUUUCUUAACAUUAUUAACUUUCAUUUGUAUGUUCAUCAUAUUGCCCAUUAAUCUUCAAGGAAAUACAGAACCCUGGAAUAAACCGUUUGGUCGCACUACUGUAUCUAAUAUUGGAGAUAAUGAGAAUCUCUUAUGGGCUCAUGUAGUAAUUUCAAUACUCUUAUUACCUGUUGGUAUUGCGUUUAUGUGUCAUUUUUCAAAGCGUAUAAAAGCAGAUGAACUUCGCAUUGUAAAAAGAACCCUUUACGUUCGUCGGAUACCUAAAUCUAAAAGAUCUAAAGAUGGCUUAGCUUCUCAUUUAAAUCAAUUAUUUCCUGAUGUUGUCAUUGAGGGAAUCCAGUUUGUUUACAAUACUCGUCGUUUAAAAACUCUUCACCUUGAAUAUAAUAAUGUAGCCAAUGCAAAAUACUAUUGUGAAGAGUAUCUGAACGAAAAUCACAAAAGAUGUGAUGUUUAUCCCUAUUUUAUGGGCCAUCUUGGACCAUAUAGCUGUUGUGGCUGUGAUAAAGUUGACGGUAUAUCUUACUAUGAAGGCCGUGAACAAGAGUUAGAAAGAGAAAUAGAAAAGGAGUUUCGAUCAUGUAUUUCAGAUCCCUCUGGAUCAGCAUUCAUAACUUUCCAGAAUGAAAAGAUGGCUCAAAAAGUGUAUCGAGCUUUACGAAAGAAUCAAGAAGAAUCAUGUACACUUUUUCCCUGUAAUUGUUGUUUUCGUCUGGGAACUGCUAUCAGGAAAUUAUUCUAUCAAGAUUCUGAUGAAUUUGAAACUUCUCGCUGGCUAGUUGGCUAUGCACCAUAUCCAGAUGAUAUCAAUUGGGAUGAUAUUGCUGUUGAUUACAAGCUGAUUUGGAUGCGUCGGAUCAUAGUUCAUUUAUGUUUAUUUGUUCUAUUCUUUUUCCUUUCGACGCCUCUCAUCGUUUUAUCAUAUUUAUCUGUCCUCAAAAUCCAGGAAACCAUCCAAACUGGUUUAUAUGCAGUGACUCCAUUUGCCGCCGAAUAUCUUGCUCCGCUUUUAAUGGUUAUCGCUGCAAUCAUAUUACCUUCAUUUGUUAUUUUAGCAUCUCAAUAUUUGCCUUACAAAACCCUUUCAGAUUUAAAUCACUCAAUCAUGUGGAAGGUUUAUUUAUUUUUGAUUAUGAUGGUCAUCAUUUUACCAUCAUUAGGUUUAACUAGUGCAUCAGCUUUACUUGAAUCAUUAGCAACUAAAAAAUUUAACAAAUUUAAUUGGGAAUGUUUAUUCCCUGUAGAUAAUGGAGCCUUUUUCGUCAACUAUGUUCUACAAUCAACUCUUUUAGGGAAUGCAAUGGAGCUUUUACGUUUUCCUGAAUUAUUUCUUUACUUCUUUUACUACAUGUUCUCAUCCAAGACUCCAGCUGAAUAUGAGAACGCUCGUCAACAAGUAAUCUUUGAUUUUCAAUUUGGCAUUCGUUAUCCAAGAUUUCUGCUUAUUUUUUGUAUGGUUGUAACAUACAGCCUUUCUUGUCCAUUAAUUGCUCCUUGCGGUCUACUUUAUAUGGUGGUUAAACACAUUGUUGAUCGUUAUAAUAUCUACUAUGUUUACACUCCGAGUAAAAUCAAUGGACGAAUUCAUUCAACGGCUAUUACCUUUUUCCAUAUUGCCAUUCUCAUGAUGAUAUUUCAGAUAUUUACAUUUUGCUUUUUAAGAACUGGGCAAAGUGGCUUAACCAAAGUUUGCCUAGUGUUAGUUAUAAUUGCUACCAUAAUUUUUUCCGGUCAUUGUUUUUUUCAUUGUUUCUGGAAUAUCAAUCAUUUAACCUACAAUGCUACAACUCGUCGUGCAUCGAAACGUACCAAUUUAAAAGAGUUUUGUGCAUGUUCAUACCUACCUCCUGUGCUUUUUGAUCUUAAUGUCAACGGCAUUGUGCCUCCGGAAUCUCAAACAACUCGUAACUAUGGGUCUUUGACACCAUCACCAUCGAGUGUGCCUAUGGCCUCAAGCGAAUCAAGCACUCGGUUAAACAUUUCAUCACUUACAACAUGAAAGAAAAGUUUUGAUGGUGAUGAAGCGGAAUAAUGUCAAGUCUAUGUUAGGGAAUCAAAUCAAUUGUCACAUAUGAUUGUUUAACCAUUUAACGACCCGACUAAACAAGAAAGCCCAAUGAGAUGGACUGUCCUUUUAAUUUUCUAUUUGUCUCUUGAAACUUGAUCUAAAUUUCUCUUUACCAUCAUCAUAUCUUCUUCCAUGUUUUUGAUUCUCUGUGACUUUAUCAAUACAAAUUCCUUUGGAAUUUCAAUUGACAAUCACAUGUUAAUAGAUUUUUAGGCAUAAAUUGUGAAUCCCAGAUGAACUCUAGUCAAAAAUCUCAAGUUUUUCCUUCAUUGUAAAUCAACGCUACAACUAAAACGAAGGAGUAGGAAGCUUUAAUAACGAUGAUAAAUUAACGACUAUAAUUCCAAAUAAAGGUGAAACAAAGAAAGUUAUACAAAAUGGAAAACAAAGAUCUGGAUGAAAAACAAAAAAAACAGACUUAUCAUGGAGAGAAAAGAACAAAAACCCUUUCAUGUCAUCUCGCAAAAUUGUACGAAUUUUUUUUUGCUGAAAAAUCAUGAGUUGGUACUACAAAUCAAACCAUUAACGAAUAUCUUUUUAGACUAAUAACAAUAAUUAUUUUGGUUAAAAGUUACAAGUGCUAUCUAGUAAUUUUGAUUGCCUGAUGGAAACCGAAUCACAAAUUGAAACAAUUACUGUACCUGCCUUUGAUAAUUGAUAUUGCAUGAGAUUGAAGGUUUAUUCAUUGUUUUUUUUUCUGUCUCUUUUUUUAUGUAUUACAUCAAAAUCAUCAUUUUAGUCUCCCAAGUAAAUGUAUAAAUGUAAACAAUGCAAUGUAAAAAAAUCUAACACCAAUAAUCAUGAUGAUACUUGGUGGGGGAUAGUGAUGAUAAUGAUGAACAUCAUGUUAAUGUUUUUGUAUGAAUUUAAAUGAAGGUAAACAUAAAGAGAAGAUUUAUUUGUUGCAACUUUGCAAGUCAUUUA